CACCGGACCCCGAUGAGCCGCAAUCAUCCUCACGAGGCCCUUCUAAACGAAGCGAUUCUUGACGCCCUUGCCUUGCCAAACGCAGACGCACGAGAGGAGCAGAUAGUCGAGUCCCAUGCUGGAUCGUACAAAUGGCUCGGGGACCCUGCCGGUCCACUGGACCGCUUCUUAAAUGACAGCUCUCAGCGUCUAUUCUGGAUCUCCGGCAGACCAGGUUCUGGCAAGUCAACCUUGUUGAGAUAUCUCAAGCAUCGCUCGGGCCUGUCCGAGCGCUUGCGAAGAUGGGGUGCCGGCCAUCGUCUCCAUAUCGCUAGCUUCUUUUUCUGGGAAAGCGGUCUUGUCUCGCAGCGAUCACUCGAAGGCCUUUUCCGUUCUUUGCUUCAUCAGCUACUGUCGAGCUGUCCUGCCCUGAUCAGACAGGUAUUCCAUUCGCUGUACGUGGAGAUACAAUCAGCGACGACUUUGGAACGGGUUCGCAGGCUGGCUGCUUGGGAGAUUGAAGAUCUCGCAGCCGCAUACGAUGCUUUCUUGGACAUCAUUCACCGGCAAGGAGAGCAGAAAGUCUUUCUGCUGCUGGACGGUCUUGAUGAGUUUGAGGGCAAUCAUUCGGAGAUCAUACGACUGGUGGAGAGCGCUACCCGGCACUCUGAUGUCAAGGUGUGCGUCUCGAGUCGGCCAUGGAGGAUAUUCGAGGAAGCCUUCUCGAAUGUCGCCCAACUUCGGCUGCAGGAUGUGACUCGUAACGACAUGCAGCGCUACGUCACCGAUCGGCUUGCCGGCCAAGCAUCCGACUCUGUAAUUGACGCUGUCGUCGAAAAAGCUGAAGGAGUCUUCUUCUGGUCAACGAUAGCGUGCAACGAAUUGCAAUCGAGAACUAAGGGAGCGGCAGUGCGGUCUGAAGAUGUGGAGUCUCUUCCCCUUGGCCUCGAUGCUCUAUAUCGCCAUCUUCUGACCGAAGCACCCGAGUCCACAUGCAAGAUGGCUGCAACCUACUUCAGUCUGAUAUUGGCCCGCGAGGACGUCUGCAUGUUCACCCGAAAUGACGAGACGGCACUGGUGACGGCAUGGGAGCUAGUAUUAGCCACUCACCUGGAUCACGAUCAAGCGACCAUGAGGCACAUGGACUCGAUGGCAAAGGAGACGAUCCGCAGUCUGUUGUCAGAGACCAUCGCGCAGAUACUUGACUCUACUCGCCGGCUCGUGCAGUUCUCGGGCCCCGAAGACGGUUUAGCCCACCAGUCGGUAUCGUUCUACCACCGAACAGUCCGGACAUGGGUGCGAGGUCCUGACGGUGCAAAACUGCUUCAGUACGCCAAGGAUGACCCUCAUUCGCUCCUGCUGCGAUCAGUUCUGCUAUGCUGGAGGAUUCCCUCCUCCGGUACCUUGCGAAGACAACGAAACGUGUCCGGAUGGUGGUCUCGUAUCAUGACAGGGUUUACUCACGCACGGCUCGCUUCAGACAUCGCUCAGGGCCAGAUAUUCGAUCUCCUCAUGUGCCUGAACGAAACCCUUAACGAUCUUUACCUGGCUCGUGUCGAGUCCGAGGAUCCGCGCGAGGCUCACGCACUGGACAACUGGGCUAGAAGCUGCUUUGGAACCCUGGAGUCCCGAGGGCGAACUCCGUACGAAGACGCCUUUCUUGCCUUGGCGGUGUCCUUUGGUCUCACCAGCUUUGUUGACCGAUACCUCAAGGAGGGACGGUAUGAGCCUGGCAACGGGUAUCCCUUACUCUGCUGGACUACGAGGUAUCUGUUCGAUCGACAAUCAUCCAUCUAUCCACUGACAGAUCCGGCCAUUGUGCAUGCGCUGUUGCGAUUUGGUCUGGACCCGAACCAGCGUAUGCUGCUGCCGAAGAAGCGUGAGGCCAAAGACGACGAGCCUCCCAAUUAUCUUGCAUCUCCCUGGAAGAUGUGUUUAGAGUCGGUUCAACAAGCACUGCGCCGCGGAUGGGUGGAACGUUCGCCGCCCGAGAAGUCUCGAUGGAAACAAGUCAUCGAGCUCUUUCUGGAAUACAAUGCGGAUAGAAACGUAACCGUGCAGACAACUCAUAAAGACCGCCGAGAGAAGGGCUCUGUGCUGCUCGAUAGACUUGACGCGUGGGCCGGGGAUGACUGAGUUCUCGUGAAACAGUCGCGUCGUUGAGAACUAGCUCCCUGCGAAUGUAUCUGGCUUGUAGGCUAACCAUGUAUUCUGUAUCUGAGUAACAAC